CUAAGAACUAAAAUGGCACAGGAUCUAUUAGAGGUGUUACUGGGCAAGCCCCAAGACAUUUUCACAUUCUUCAGGUCUGAGGAAUCGGAUGAUUCGAACGAAGUCGCCAAUAAAAGCUACUUCAACGAGUUAGCGAAGCAGUUCUUGGAUCCCAUCACCAAACAGUAUUCCGUGUUAGAUGAAAUUUACGUGGACGGUUUGGACUCCACCCAGGUCUUUGGACAGACCAAGAUGGUCUUGGACGGAGUUGAUGAAGCAUUAUUGACAGCCAAGAUCCCAGAGUUGAAGGAGAAAUUUCAAGACUACCAGAGCGAUGAGAUAGACAGUGAAGACGAAAAUGACGAAGGAAACGAUAUCGACGAGUCUGACCAAGAUGAGCAAGAAGAAGAAGAAGCAGAAGAAGAAGUUGAUCAAGAAGAACCCCAGCUCAGCGAUGACGAUGUUAAAACCUUGAAUGAAGAUUUCGAGGGAUUCGACGAAGAAAACGAAGAGCAAGAUUCCGGGUCAGAGGCAGAAACUCAAGUCCCUUCAGACGAUGAAAUAAUCCAAACAGAACAAAAGAAAGAUGCAUUUGGCUUAAAUGAUGGAUUUUUUGACAUCGACCAGUUCAACAAGCAAAUCUUAGCAUUAGAGAAGGAGAAUGAUGAUGAAGAUGAAGAAGAAAUCGACUACUUUGCCGGCUCUGGUGACGAUGAUGAUGAUGAUGAUGAGGAAGAAGAUGAAGAGGACAUGGCAUAUUAUGAUGACUUUUACGACAAGCCAGGUGUGAUCAGAAAAUCCAAGAGUCAAGUUGCGAAUGAAGAGGAACUGGACAACGAGGAAGAAGAGGAUGAAGCGGAGGAUGAGGAAUACGGCAGAUUUAAUGAAGAAGAAUAUGAUACUGCUGUUGGUUCUGCAAUGAACGAUCUCUUUGCUGACGAAGAUCAACCAGCACAAGCAAAGAGCACAGCACCACUUUCUUCCUACGAGAAGCAACAACAGGAAAUCCAAGCGGAAAUAGCUAAAUUGGAAGCUGAGCUCGUGGCUGAUAAAAAAUGGACUAUGAAGGGUGAAGUCCAGGCCAAGCAUAGACCUCAAGAUUCGCUUUUGGAUGACCCGGAAACUGCUACUCUUGAUUUUGAUAGAACUUCGAAACCCGUGCCUAUCAUCACCGAAGAAGUCACCGAAUCAUUGGAAGAGUUGAUUAGAAGGAGAAUCAAGAGCGACGAGUUCAACGACUUGCCUAGGCGUAUUAUCACAGAUAUUUCCAAAUUCCACAACAAACAGAAGUUCGAGUUAUCGGAACAGAAAUCCAACAAGUCAUUAGCCGAAUUGUACGAAGACGACUACAAUAAGGUGGAUGCCCAAAAAGAGGUAAGCGAAGAAGUACAAAAGCAGCACGAUGAGAUCAGUGACUUGUUCACCAAGUUAAACCAUAGAUUGGACUCGUUGUGUUCAGCCCACUAUAUCCCCAAGCCUCACCAGUUCAAAACCAUCGAGAUCAAAGUCAACGACAACGCUGCUGCUAUCACCAUGGAAGAUGCUCAACCCUUGCAUGUUUCAAGUGAGUCGGCAUUGGCACCUCAAGAGAUUUACAAGAUCGGGGACGAUAAACCAGCCGCUGAUGGUAACAAGGGCAGAUCUUCUGUGCAGUUGAAGUCAGGAUUGUCCUUUUCUAAAGACGAGUUGUCCAGGGAAGACAAACAGAGGUUGAGACGUGCUAGCAAGAGAAAGAGGUCCAAGGAAUUCAACCAAAGAAAGGAAUUACAGGAACAAAGGGCCAAACAGGAGUCCAAACCUUCGUCCAAACGUCAAAAGGUUGGUGACGUGGUGGAUACUUUAUCUAAGGCCAAGAAUGUUACUGUGAUUGGCAAGAAGGGAGAAAUGACCGAUGUGAAGGGUAACCUCAAGAAGACCCAAGGCCCUCAAACUUCAAACAACUUCAAGUUGUAG